AUGAUGCUGUCGCCGACGACGGUGCUUGCCGUGGCCGCCGCGGCUGGCUUGGCCAAUGCCGCUCAGCCUGGUGCUGUCCAGCCAGUUGAGGCUCCCAUGCGCAGCCUGACCUGGGGCCAGAUCAACUUCCUCCACACGACGGAUACACACGGCUGGCUCGGCGGUCACCUUUUAGAACCCCAAUACUCAGCCGAUUGGGGAGAUUACAUAUCUUUCUCGCACCACAUGCGCAAUAAGGCCGACAGCCGCGGAUCCGAUCUCCUUAUUAUCGACACUGGAGACCGCGUCGAGGGCAACGGCCUGUAUGAUGCUUCUUCUCCCAAGGGGCUUUUCCAAUACGGAAUUUACGCCGAGCAGGAUGUUGACAUCCUCUGCACCGGAAAUCACGAGCUAUACCAACCUUACUCGAUCGAGCGUGAACACAACACCACGGUGCCCAACUUCAAGGACAAUUAUGUGGCGUCAAACCUUGAUCAUGUUGACUUGGAGACGGGCGAGCGGUCACCCAUGGCCCAGCGCUUCCGCAGGUUCAAGACAAAGAACCAGAACCUCGACAUCAUUGCCUUUGGUUUCAUCUUUGACUUCACUGGCAAUGCCAACAACUCAGUGGUUCAGCGCGUUGAGGAUACUGUCAAAGAGGAUUGGUUCCUUGAUGUCAUCAAGGAGAAGCCUGAUCUGUUUGUCGUUACCGGCCACAUCGGACUCCGCAUGGAGGAAUUCGAAAUAAUCUUCAAGGCCAUGCGCAAGGAAAAUUGGCACACGCCCAUCGCCUUCUUUGGAGGGCAUGCGCAUGUCCGCGAUACGCGUAAAUUUGACUCACUGUCGUUUGCCAUGGCUAGUGGCCGAUACAUGGAGACAAUUGGCUGGAUGUCAAUUGAUGGUAUCAAGCGCAGCGAGGAUGAUACGUCGAUUGAGGCUACACCCAGCUUCUCCCGCAAGUACCUCGACAACAACCUCUACGGCAUGUAUCAUCACACCGGCCUGAACGAGUCCACAUUCCCGACCGACAAGGGAACGAGGGUCAGCAAAGCAAUCCACCGCGCUCGUCAGGCCCUGGACCUUGAUUAUCAGUUCGGGUGUGCCCCCCAGAGCUACUGGAUGAGCCGCAAGCCCUACCCGCACAAGGACAACAUCUACUCCCUUAUUACAGAUGAAGUCUUCCCGGGCGUUGUCAUCAAUGAGAAGCGCAAGGACAAGGCUCGGAUUGCCCUCAUCAACACCGGAGGUAUCCGCUUUGAUAUUUUCCAGGGUCCUUUUACCCGCGACAGCACUUACAUCGUGAGCCCGUUUGUCAGCGGAUUCCGAUAUGUGCCUGACGUGCCGUGGAAGGUGGCCAAGAAGGUGAAUGAUCUCCUCAAUAGCGGUGGCCGUAUCUUUAGCGCAACUGGCCUCGACACCAAAUUCAUGGCCAACCCCGAUCAAAUGGAACCCAUCGUUCAGAGAGUCGAGGAGAACCCACAUCUCGAGCUGCGCAGUGUCCAGGAGCCUCUCGGAAAGAGCCAGCCCGAUCUUAUCGGCGGCUACACCACAAAGGACGACGUCGGUACGGACGGCGACGACACGGUGCAUGAGAAACUAGAGUUCCACGCGCAGCCCAACAGUAUCCAGUCAGAAAUCGCCUUCCCCGCUGACGGGAGUGACCCCGAGACGGUGGACGUCGUCUUCAUCGACUUUAUUCAGCCGUGGGUCAUCCCGGCCCUCAAGUUCAGCGGAGGUGACUACACCGACGAUGAUGUGAAGCAGUACAUGGAAGGCACUUUUACAUACAAGUUCUCGCAGUGGAUUUCAGAGAACUGGAAGGGCGAGUGCUAA